UCGCCGACCCGCGUAAAUCGUUCAGUAUGUCCGAGGAAAAAAUCCUGCUUGCCUAUUCCGGUGGCCUCGACACAAGCUGCAUCCUAAAGUGGCUCCUGGAACAGGGCUACGAAGUGAUCUGUUUCAUGGCUGACGUUGGCCAGGAGGAAGAUUUCACCGCGGCACGUGAAAAAGCACUCCGAAUCGGUGCCAAGGAUGUGAUCGUUAAGGACAUGAAGGAAAUGUUUGUCGAAAAGUUUGUUUGGCCAGCACUUCAGAUGGGGCUACUGUACGAGGAUCGGUAUCUGCUGGGUACGUCACUGGCACGGCCUUGCAUCUCGAUUGGAAUGAUGGAAUCGGCUGCUCAACGAGGUUGUUCGAUCAUUUCGCAUGGAGCUACUGGGAAGGGAAACGAUCAAAUCCGGUUCGAGUUGAGUUGUUACGCAUUGAACCCGAAGAUCAAAGUGAUCGCACCUUGGCGAAUGCCGGAGUUCUGCGAGCGUUUCCAGGGUCGCCAGGAUUUGUUGGAAUAUGCUAAAAAGAAUAAUAUUCCUGUAAGUGCUACACCGAAAGCCCCAUGGUCGAUGGAUGCUAACAUCAUGCAUAUUAGCUAUGAGUCAGGCAUUUUGGAAGAUCCGUCAGUGGCGGCCCCCGAAGAAUUGUACCAAAUGACAACGGCACCAGUGAAAGGACCCGAAACUCCGACUAUUGUGGAGAUUAUUUUCAAGGAAGGAAUUGCGGUACGCGCCACGGAACUGAUAACUGGAAAAACGAUGGAGGAACCGUUGGAUAUUCUUACGUUUUUGAACAAAAUCGGCGGAGAACAUGGAGUGGGAAGAAUCGAUUUGGUGGAAAACCGUUUCCUCGGUUUGAAAUCUAGAGGAGUUUAUGAAACUCCCGGCGCAUCAAUUCUGUAUGUAGCUCACAAAGACUUGGAGGUUUACUGUUUGGAUCGAGAGAUAUUCAGAGUGAAAUCGUUCCUCGCUACCAAAAUGGCCGACUAUGUGUAUAAUGGAUUCUGGUAUUCGCCAGAAGCCGAAUACGUCCGAUCUUGUCUGGUUGCUUCGCAACGCAACGUGACCGGAAAGGUAGUUGUGGAAAUUUUCAAAGGACACGCAAUGGCAGUGUCCAGGGAAUCAAUCAAAAGCAUUUACAACCAGGAACUGGCUUCGAUGGACGUUCAUGGUACUCUGUCACCAUUCGCUGCAACCGGAUUUAUUGAGGUUAAUGCAAUGAGAUUGAAGGAACAUCAUCGGGUAUUCGGAAGUGCCAACACAAAAUAAAAUCAACCGUUUUUAUUAACCAAGCUCUACUUCCAAUAAACUGGUUGUCUACCAAACAAAAAUAAA